AUGCACUCCAAAAGCUCAGCUGAAAGUGUUCAUAGUUUGGAAACUACAGCUAGCUCUACAUCCAAACGAAGUAAAUUGAAACUAGGAUGGAGCAAAUUGAAAGGCGACAGCAACAAUAACAGCAGCAGCAACAACAAGACAAGUGCCUCUGCUCUCCAAGUACAACAACAACAACAACAACCACCACCACCACCAAGAGGCAAUUCCAACGCGUCAAGAGAUUCAAGAAAAUCUGAUCUAGAUGAUACAAAAUCCAUCAUGUCCGCUUACUCAACAGCACAAACAUCAGCAUAUACAUAUGACCCUGUGGCAGAAUACAACCAAGAUAACGAGUCCUUGUUUCUGCUGCAGUCAACUAUACCACCGUCAUAUAUUAGCAACAACCAGCACCGCCUGUUAUCAUCAGAAACCCCAUUACAACAACAUUACCCACAUCACACCCAUGCCUCUUUGCCACACCACCUGCACCACCGUGAUAGGACAGACCCAAAUACACAAAGACAUUAUAGUCAUCCUGAUACUUUGCAAGAAAGAAAUUUCCUGGUUAGGCUGCAUCAAAUGCUUGCCCAAGAUAGUGCAGACCUGAAGUUGAAUAUUGAUCUAGAAACAAGAGAACGUAAAGAUAGCAAAGAAAGUAGAGAAAGCAAGGAAGGUAAAAACUCAUUAUAUCGUGCUCAUCAUCACCACCACCACAACCACCAUAAUCAUCAUCAUCAUCAUACUAGCACUAGUUCUAGCACUAGCACGAGUACCAAUACCAACACCAGCACCAAUACCAACACAAACACAAACACUCACACUCCCGUCCACUCUCAAUCGCUAACUCCAAAGCCUUCACAAAAUUUUAUUUCUCCAGAAGAUGUGACACGAGAAGAAGAAACAGCAUCAGCUAUCGCAUUGAACUACGGGAAAUCGUUAACAACAGAUUCGUUCAAGCAAUACCAGUUGAGGACAGGAACCUCAAGUAAUAUGUUUAGAUCAGUAUCAUCCAGUGCACAAUCGCCCAUAUCUCCAAUGACACCAUUAACGCAACUGAAAACAGUCCACAGCUUUAGCGUCCCCAACUCACAAAUAUCCCCAAGCAACACAGGUAACAAUUCUAGAACCAAUUCUGUUUAUUCGCCAGUAACAUCAGCAUCGACAGCAGCUUCGACACAAGUAAAUAAUAACGGCACGAACACCCAUCAAAAUUCACAUUAUUUUCAAAACCAGAUGUUUCAUAGAAACUCUUCUUCCUCAAGUAUUAAUCAAACCACAUUAGCACCUCCUGUAGCAACAGCACCAAUAGCACAUUCAUCUUCAUCAUCUGUAUUACCAUUGACCACAGCCAUUUCCGGAGACCCACCAAUUACUCCCAAGGAUUCUUCCUCAAAAUUUAGAAAAUUAUCAUUUUUAUCUUCAAGCUCACUGAAAAGGAAAGAUAGCGCAGCAGUUUCUCCAGCAACCACUGGCAACAUAGCACCCACUGUUUCUACCCAGCUGCCACAAACACCCGAUUUUUCAGGUGGAAAGGUGGUUUCCAAAAUGAGUAUGCAAUCUUACUUUCCCGAUGUUAUUACGGAAAGUGAAAAACUUGCAGUACCCAAAUUUGUACCAGUUAUGGACCUUGACGUAUACAAUUCCAUUGAGCUGGUUCGAAAAGCAUUUAUCGUACCAACAUAUCAGAUUUUCCGGUAUAAUAAUUUUCUUGAUCUUCUUAGUGAAUACCAUACAAGUGAUGCAUUAAAUUUUGCCAAUGUUCGAAUUCAUUCGCUUUACAAAUUUGUUAUUCGACAAAAAAGGGGCAAGGCAAUAAUCGACAACAAUGGAUACUUUAACCCUCAAAACUAUACAAACUUGGCCACCACAGAAGCAGUGUUGGCGUACUUUUUAUACUCAAAGACAAGAUCGUUUAUGAGACGAUUAUUGCGCGAAUCUUCUUUGGGCCAUAAACUUGUUAAUCAUGAGGAAUUAGUACAAACAAAUUUUAUCAAUUAUGUUAGAUUCUUGAUGACUCUUCCCGAUGAAUCUAAAUCGAACGUGCUGGAAACGAGUGAUUUAGACAAGGAACAUUAUGAGUUUAAAAAGAUCUUUGUUGUUUUGGCUGAUGCCUUGUACAAAUUGCGCAAGGAUGAAGAAUCAACUGAUGCAGCAUCGAGCGAUGCAGCCACUGCAGCAAUAAGAUCGAAAUUCUUACUAGAAUCGAUUACCAAACUAUCAUAUGAAUACAUUCUUUUGGAAAAAUACAGAUUUGAUAUGGAAACAAAGCUUCACAAUAAUUACUUGAUCGACAAAUUCCAGGUCAGCACUUUAUUCAACAAGUAUAAGCAGCUGGUGAAAAGCCAUCUGAGAGAAAACGUCAAAGUCUUUAUCUACAAUUCUUCACUGUCAUUGCAAUAUGGAUGGUACCUCGCUGUCUCAAUCCCAUUUGUAAGGUUUAUUGAGUCCCAUGUAUACAAUGAAGACCCAGAUUUACUUGCAGACCAAAAGGAAUACUCCAGACAUUUACAAACUACGCAAAAGCAGGAUUUUAGACAAAGCGAUGUCGAAUUAUUUGAAACUUAUUUCAAGAAAUUGGGACUCUCUUCCUUCCAAGAGUACAAUGCAAUGAGUAUGGAAAAGUUGGUUAAAUUGGGGAAAAAAGUCAAGGAUCAAACAAUUUCAAUUCCUGUACGGCCAAUAAUGCCACCAAAAAAACAUUCAGUAGCAUCACUUGCCUCGGUCUCGUCAUCUCGUGUUCCGCAAGCCUCACAAGCUUCACAAGCUUCACAAGCUUCACAGGUUCCUCUCGACCCAAAUGUCAACAGCUCUUCUAUUCCUAGGAGCAAUAUGGGAUUUACAGGUGGAGCCUCUGGUUUUGGUGCUAGUUCAAGCGCUACAUCCAAUAGUAACAAGAUACAACUCCCUGCAUCGAGUAUGAGCCAUAGACCAGCAAACAUUGACUAUUGCAACACUAAUUUAUCACAUAUUGCACUGUCAACAUUUGAACUCAUCCACUCGCGCGAUUUCCCUUGGCAAGCAACAAAACUUACUUACCCUACUCUAGUUCGCGAAUUCCACAGAAUACUUAAACCGCAGGGCUCUUUGGUCUUUGACUCGAUUCAUUUCGGAGUUAAAGAUGUUGAGCACCUCGCGUCAACGUAUUCGACCCAAUUCCCUGAUGGAUGGGUUUACGAUCCAGCCAACUCAUACUCCAUAUUUGACCAUUUCCCACAUGCCAUACCAAAUUACAUUGAAACUAUACUUUUAGAAUUAAACUCUGUGUUUGGCAAAGGUAAUGUUAGAUUUAGUUUCACAUUGUUGAGUUCGCACCAAGAUGUUUGUAAGUUUUUGCUUAAAUUCACUGGGUUGAAAUUAUUUGAAAUGACUGGUAGGAUUGAUGAUUACGUCAAUUACUUUCAAGCUGAGGAUGACGACGACUCAAAGAUUAUCAAUUCAAAUGAUAAAAGUGUUCAUUUUGGUGUACACAUUGAAGCAGUGAAGCGAUAG